AUGGAAAGCCCUAUGUCGCAAGAAAAUCCCAGUUACCUUCACAUUCGUGAUUCUCAGCAGAUGGUGUGGAUCGUAAAAGGAAAUUCAUUAAUAGCAGUUCCUUCUAGCAACAACGUUAAACCUGUCAUUCUUUCCUUGAUAGCAUGUAGAGACAAGGAAUUCCAUAAGGAAGGAGAAGGUACUCCACAUUACCUGGGAAUCAAGGACAAAAAUCUCUGUCUCUACUGUACAGAAAUCCAGGGCUAUCCCACUUUGCAGCUUAAGGAAGAAAAUAUCAUGAACCUCUACAAUCAGCCCAAAGGAGAGAAGUGCUUCCUCUUCUACCGCAAUUACGAAGGCUCCACUGUUGUCUUUCAGUCUGUCUCCUACCCUGGCUGGUUCAUUGCAACCUCUUCUGAGGCAGGGCAGCCCAUUACCCUCACCAAGGAGAGGGGCACAGCCAAAAGCACGAAUUACUACUUAGAGGAUGGACGCUAA